UUAUCGAUGAUAUCUUACUGUUUUAUUGUCCUACAAGUUCCGGACAUUUAAUUUAUUAUCCCUAACAGUCAUGUAUCCCGUCUCGAACCGGUAGUGCCAUCAUCGCAUCACGAACUCGAGCUCUACCUAGCUGGGCGCAUUGCAUCCAAAUGUCCUCACAAUGCUCGAUCAGCUGUCGCCCGUUGCUCCUGCGAGAGUACGAGUUGUGCUGUUACCAAUUGGGCAAAUCAAACGCGCAAGAUUUCUGAGCUUCGUAGAAAGGUUACAACCUCACAAUGUUGUACGUUUGGGAGAUAUUAGUCCAGAUGGACGUCCCCAUAGAAGUGAGGAUUAAGCUCUACCUUGAUGAGCCACUGGCAGAGCUGACGAUUGGCAGAUAUGUUCUCCCCAUUGGCCUUUCCUUUGGGGAUGAUUGUUUAUGACCUUACGACACAUUAUCCGCCUCCUACCCACCUCGCAUUAUCCCCCUUUGAACUUUACAGAGAGCCACUCGUUAUUAUAGCACUCGCGGAUGGUGCGGAACUUGAACAUAUAUCUUACAAAGGCACGUCGAGAAGGAGUGCUAAUGGCAGUGGGGUAUCACGUUUGGAUCAAAAUGUGCGAGAUUUAUAUCAAGAUUUGGAAGACUUGAGAGACAGAUAUCCCAAGGCGCUGGUUCACCAAGUAUUAUUGUUCGACCAUUCACAUGACAAGUCUUCUACAGCUUUACCAGAAGGCUUAGUCCCAAUACCUCCACCGGCUGACUGUGGUAUAACGACGAUGAAAACCGUUAUGUGCGAUAUAUCUGCCUUACUGCUUGCAGAGAUGACUACACUCGCAAAGUCACUCCAAGGCUUAAGUACAAUAGAGUCGCCAGCUCAGUCAGGGAAUAGGCCGUUUAAUGGAGGGACUUGGACUGGAGGCUCGCCAGAUGGGUCCUCAAGACGGAACUCUCAACUUUCAGUUGCUCAGCAAGAUUCUAGAUCUCCUUCUCCCGCGGGGGCCAUUGACCGUAGCAACUAUCGCAUGUCAAUGCCAGUCCUUCGAUCCGCAGCUUCAGAUUCUGGCACUUCUUCGCCCCUAGGUCGUUCUGGUAGCCCUGCUAGCGGUCUUCGCUCUGAUUCGCCACCAACCUUCGAUAAUAUAAUUGGGGAGAAUCCUCUCACGCUGAAAAAUUUACCAUCUCGACUCGGCACUCCGAGUAACACAACGAACAGGGACAGUAGCAGAGAUCGAGUUUCAAUCGUAGGCUUUGGAUCGGGGAGCACUAGUGAAAGAUCAAGAAAUAAAGGAAAAAGCCGCAUUGGCAUUGUCAUUGGAUCAAUGUAUAUGUGUGCGGGACGGUGGAAUGAUGCAUUACGCGAGCUGGUCGAAAGUGCCGCUAUCGCAAAAGCAAAUCUUGACCAUUUGUGGCAUGCAAAGGCUCUUGAUAAUAUUCUUGUCAGUAUGCUCAUGCUUGCCUGGACUGGGCUGGACUUUCAAGUUCCGCCAAUUUGUUAUGUUUCCACAGAAAAAGCACCGUCCUUAACUACUACUUUGGAGCCAAGAAGUCCCGCAAGCAACCGUUUAGUUUCGUUACAAAACUUGGCAAUUCUGCUUCCAGAACUAUUGGACAGAAUCCUAAAUCUCUAUACCCGUGCCGCGAAUAAUAAUGGGGAGGCUAUGCCGCAAUACCCAUUUUCCGAAACUGUCAUCCGCUAUGCAAAACUUUCUUCUGCUAUACAUACAGGUGGUGGCCACAUAACUGAUGAAGUUUUACAACUAAUCGUGCUCGGAACUCCUUUUCCAAAAGCCCCGAAUCUCGCGACGCCUCGUUUGAACAUACAGCCUACUCGUGGGGAAAUUUUGAAAACCAUCCUAAGAGCAUUUCCUGUAUAUUCAUCCUCUGAAAAUAUCGUAGUCGUGGACCGCAUAAUAAUACUCAGUGGCAUAGCUUCAGUUCUUGGAUCAAUGGGAUACCAUAGAAAAAAGGCUAUGGUAAUUCGUGAAUUGGUUUCAGUAUUGGUUCCUGCCCUCGUUCAAGCUCGCCUCAGAGGAGCAGCCGAGAUGGGAGUUCAUCCAGCUGCAGGAUUAGCGGCUCUGAGUGCGAAUGGGAACACCAACGGUGCUGGAGCUCUGGAACUUGGUGAAGGUGAUAUGGAGAAUGGCGUAGACUCAUUCCUCGCAUUAUUAGGUCAAACUUAUGGAGUGGUAGCUUCUAGAGAUAUUACAGAAGAGGUAUUUGAUGAUUCGGAUGAAGCUACUAUACUGAGGAUACUUGAUAAUGCUUCUAUCCGCUCUUUCGGAAGUCAAGCCCUGAAAAUGGAGAUUCUAAGAUCAUGUAUCAAUCUUUCUGAAGCAUUGCCGGACUUUCAAGGCGUCUUGAAGUUCACUGCGGAUUUAUUAAGAACUGCUGGCAGUGGUGUAGCUCCGGGACCACGGAGUGAAGAUGCAUCACCCAAUAUGAGUCGCGAGGAACAGAUUCGACUGAUGACUAACAUUACUCGGACGCUUGGAGCUGCGAGGAAUUUAGGAGUCAAUGAGCUUACAGCAGAAUAUUGGGAUGAAUUUCUGGUUCGGGGAGUUGAGCUUGAACCUCUACCUCAAUCGAGAACUCCAAUCCCUCACACCCGUGGAGAACUCCCUGACGGCGUUACUAUUGCUACCGCUAGGGAGAUAAAUCCUUUUAUAUACAAUCCUUUCUUACGCCCACUAAAUGCUUCUAUUGUUGAUCACAUCAUGGUUGCUGGUGAGGGAGCUGUCUUUAAGGUUACCUUGCAGAAUCCAUAUGAAUUCGAUGUGGAAAUAGAAAGUAUCAAGCUCGAUUCUGAUGGUGCCGGCUUUGAAUCUGCCGCGCAAAAGACAGUUAUCGGUCCUUAUCGAACACAGAUUCUCACUAUAUUAGGGACACCCAAAGACCCGGGGUCCUUGAAAGUUACUGGCUGCAUUGUCAAAGUAAGGGGAUGCCGAGAACGACGGUUCCCUAUAUUUCCGGAUUCAUGGUCACCACAGUGUGAAAUCAAAAUCAAGUCCAUCGGAGUAGCAAAGAUAUUCGGUCAGAAGACUCGUCCUACAAGCUUUGGCUCAACAUCAUCAAAUGCAGUACCUUGGGGCGUGAUACCUCCUCUACCAACCACCGUAGGAUUAAAUGUCAUUGAAAAACAACCUAUAGUUGCAAUAAAGUCUACCAAUCUUUCACAAUCUGCGUUGAUGGUAUUAGAAGGGGAACGCCAAAGGUUCUCUAUCACACUUGAGAACCUUUCAAACGAGACACCCGUAGAUUUACUUCUUUUCUCCUUUAAAGAUUCAACUCAGGCGCCGUUGCAAACAGCCAUGAGUAAUCGCGAAGCAUCACCAGCAGAGUUGUACGAAUACGAAUUAAUUUUGGCACGGAAACAAGCACUUCGAUACAUUCCGAAGCCUGAUGAGAAGCCAUAUAUUGAACCUGGUGGAACAGCUACUUUUGAGAUGGAAAUAUUGGGAAAGCCUGGUCUCACAAGUGCUACUAUUAUGGUUGACUAUGCUCAUCUAGGCGUCCCUCAAUUAGAGGUAGAAAAUGGGUUUCAUACUCGUCAAGUAAGUCUACCGCUUACAAUCACUGUAAAUGCUAGCAUAGAGCUAGCUCGAAUGGAUGUUAUGCCAUUUACCGGAAGCUUGCCCGUAUCUUUGUGGUCCAAAAUCGAUGGCACUGUCGCAACGAAAGAUUUUACACCUCAAGAUCAUUGUUUACUAAUUCUUGAUCUUCGAAAUGCGUGGCCGAGCAGUAUCCAUGUCUCGAUAGAUAUUGAGAAAGGGGAGAAAAUCGAGGAGGAAGUAUUCCCCGGUAAUACUUCUCGCAUAAUGUUUCCUAUUCCCAGGAUAUAUCUAGAAAACCCAACAGCUUCCAUCCCAGCUCUUGAUCCCUUACGACAACGACAAUUUGUUGUAAGUGCUGGUCGAAUAUCGGCAGAUUCAGAACGAGCUACUCGAGAAUCGUUCUGGUACCGUGAAGAAAUUUUGAAGAUUCUUCAAGGAACCUGGGAGACGCGCUCUGGUGUCCCUCGUAAAGGCAAUAUAGAAUUACGCGGUCUCCGUCUAAGUCAACGUGUCAUUGACGUUAUCAGAAUUGAGGAUAUUUCAAUUGAUAUCUCAAUCAAUGAUAAGCCAGGCCCUAAAUACGACAUCCAUACCGAUACAUUCUCUUCAAUCACAGUUCGAAUUAGCAAUCGAUCUUCCAAACCCAUUCAUCCUCUUCUUCGUCUUCAACCAUCCAUUCGUAACCAUUCACUCACUCAAACUCUCGAUCUAUCCAAGAAGUUCGUGUGGAAUGGUGUGCUGCAACAACCUCUCCCACAAAUCCCUGGCAAUGAACAAAUCGAAGUUAAUAUCGGCAUGACACCACUUUGUAGAGGAGAAUUCGAACUCAGUGCUUCGAUUGAAGAAGUCAGAUUAGUUGAACAGGUGAAAGAGGAUGUGUCUAUUAAAGAGGGUGCGAGAGUUAGAGCUGAUACGAAGAAUUUGAUGGAUACGAUGUUGGGAGCUAAGGAGAGGAGGAUUUGGCAUUCGAGAGAACCUUGUUUGUUGGUUGUGACGGAUGCGGAUGAUGAUACUGAUGGAGAUGAAGAUGUUGAUAGAGAUGGAGAUGGAAAUGUUGAUAAAGCGGAAGAUAUAACACAUGAUUAGAUAUGAUAUGAUAUGAUAUAAUAUGAUAUGAUUAGAAUUGAAAGGUUCGGAAUAUAUG